AUGUCAAAUCAACAAGAACCCAUUGAAGAAAAGACAGAAGAAAACAAUAAUGUUUUUGACGAAGAACCUCAACAGGACAUAAUGACUUCCGAAGAACAUACGGUUAAACAUGAUAUACAUGCAUGGCGAAGAGAUCGUUCAUAUACUUACCAACGUAAUCCAUUGUUGGUCAGACCAUGUCGCGAUCGAUUAGUUCGAACACCAACUGUUAUUGCUAUGUGUGGAUUACCAGCACGAGGCAAAGUAAGACAUUUUUAG